AUGGACCGCCGCCGCACCCCAGGCCUGUCGUCGCUCUCCUCGCGCGGCCUGCAAAACCACCACUACACCAAUCACGGCGCCACCCUCCGCACCCGCAACGCCGACUCGCUCUCCACCCAGCUCUCCGUCUUCCAAUCCCUCCUCCACAACUUCGCAAUCACCCAUUCCAAAGACAUCCGUGCAAACCCCGCCUUCCGCGCUGAAUUCGCCCGCAUGUGCUCGGCCCUCAACAUCGACUUCCUCGCCUCCUCGUACCACAAAGACACUGCAACUAGCACAUCAAAGGACGCCAACAGCACCGCCAGCGGCGAAAGCAUCUGGACGCAGCUUCUGGGCCCCAACCUCAACGACUUCUACUUCAACCUCGGCGUCCAGAUUGUAGAGGAAUGCCGCGCCACCCGCGCUGAAAACGGCGGCCUAAUCUCCCUGUCGGAUCUGCAGGCUCGCCUCUCCAAAUCCACCCGCAUAGGCGGCAGCAUGACCGUUUCCGACGACGACAUCAAGCGUGCUGUUGACGCCCUUGCGCCGCUGGGGUCGUGCUUUUCCAUUGUCAAAAUCGGACACCGCAGUUUGAUUCGGAGUGUGCCCAAGGAACUUAAUGUCGACCAGAGCACCGUUCUCGAGGCGAUCGAGUUGCUGGGUUACGUGACGUUGUCUGUGCUGCAGGUUAAUUUGAAUUGGGAGAGACCCAGGGCUCAUGCCGUUAUCGAGGAUCUCAUGGCGGACAGUCUGGUGUGGGUGGAUACCCAAGCGGGCGAAAACGAGUACUGGAGUCCUGCAUUCCUAACUAUGGGCGGGUCCAAGUCGGAUGCAGCUUCUUAG